AGAUGGAAGGCGACUGCUGCGACGAGUGCGGGCCGACGGAAGUGAACACAGUGAUCAUCUCGCAUCUCGUGAAAGUUCGCAAGGACAAGUUGACGGUGAUGUACAACGGCAAAGCAAAUCACGCGCAGGAUGUUGGAUCAGUGCAGGCCAAUCGUCCCUUCUCCAAGACUUCGCUGGUCGGGUACUUUGAGAUGACUGUCCUCAAUGCUGGCACGCGAGGGUGCAUGUCCAUCGGUCUUGCGAGCUCGGACUUCAACAACACGCGCCAUCCGGGUUGGGAGCCAGGGUCGUAUGGAUACCACGGAGACGACGGAAAGAAGUACUGUCAUCCUUCGCGCGGCGAGCCCUACGCGUCCAAGUUCGGCUCCGACGACGUCGUUGGCUGCGGUUUCAACUUCGUGAGCAGGGAAAUUUUCUUCACGAAGAACGGAAAGAGCUUAGGUGUGGCCUUCACCAAUCCCGACGACAGCUACUUCCCUACUGUCGGGCUGCACUCGGAAGGCGAGCAGGUUCGUCUCAACUUCGGGGACGACCCUCAGCGUCCCUUCCUGUUCCCGCUGGACCUUCUCCUCCGCGAAGAGCGAGACAAGAUUACCUCAACUGUAUCCAAUAUCCCAAUGAGUGUGAUGGACAUGAACCGUCUAGUCGCCAACUUCCUGCGGCACGAAGGCUACCUCGACUCGCUCGUCUCCUUCCAGGAAUGCGCGAUGCUGCCUGGGGGAGGAGAGGAGCAGUGGAGCUCCAGCGAAUCUGAAGAGAAGAGAAGCGCUAUUCGUCAGCUGAUCAUUCAAGGAAAUAUGGACAAAGCGGAAGAAGCAAUCCGGGAAAGGUUUCCGUCGCUGCUCGAGAGCAAGAGAAGGGCCAAGGCUUUCAUCAACGGUCAGAAGUUCAUAGAGAUGCUGCUCGCAGAGCGACAGGAGGACGCGAUCAUGUUUGCAAGAGAAAACCUGGCCAAGGUGCUUCACGAGUCGAGCACCGACGUGCACAUGGCCGACUGCCCCGAGGAGAAGCAAGGUCGCCCACCGACUUCAGAGAUCGUCAGCUACCUCGAGGAGGUCAUCGGUCUGCUUGCCUACGAGGACCCCGCAAACUCUCCGCUGUCCCACCUGCUCUCCUCCGAGCACAGGAAGAAGGUUGCAGACGUUGUCAACACCGCCAUUCUCGAGCAUGAGAAUGUGGGGAGCCGCUCCGAGCUGGAAGUGCUCCUGAAGCAGCUGGUGGCCUGCCAAGACACCCUACGAAGAAUGAAGGGAAGCAGGGGCCCAAAGUUUGUACUGGAGGAGGCGAUCAGGCGGUGAGAGGUUUAUUCUCGCCGCCGCCCGCAUGUGCCGCAGGUUGUUUGACGAGGGGAGGAGGGGGAGGAGGGGAAGCACAAGCCCUCGCAGAACGAGUCUGUGCAACGGUGGCUGCGAUUAAACGCCUCGAUCAGCUGCCGCUCCUCCUCGGGCCCUGCGACGCACAGGGGACAAGAGCAGAGGAACUGGUAGACCUUAUGGAGCCAAUCGCGCCUCUCCUCCUUGUUCUCCAUCAGACUCGCGUCGCUGUAGCUGAUGCACAGCUCCUCGCCUGCCACGAUCUCUCGCAAGGUCACGACGGACAGGAGACGCUUGUUGCUCUCGACGCGUUGGACGAUGGUGACAUUGGGAAGGCAAGAGUGAUUGAGAAAGCAAACUCGAGGGAAGAUGCC